AAGAAUAACGGCCAUGUCUGGCAGUUUACAAAGUCCUGAGGAUCACGCCAUCGCUGUCUCAUCGCGUUCGAAUUAUUUGUUAAGGUUUUGGAGAGUUAUCUGAUAAUUUUUACUGACAGCCCCCGAGAUAUAUAUGGACUGAGUUGGGUGAAGUGCCUUUAUUCUCUGGGACUCAUUGCUUUGAGGAAGAAAUGGCUGAAGAUCAGGGAGAGGUUUGGGAUUACCUCGAAGAUGAGUUGAUCGAGAAACUCACACAGGGAACCAGAGAUGUAAUUCCAGAGUUUUACAAGGAGUGGCAGGUGAUUGGGUUAGAUGCUGCCACCAAGAAGAGGUUCCAGGAUGUCAUAGUUGAGCAGCACCGAGGUAUCUUGAUGGAGAUGCUGACAGAAACGAAACACCGAAGAUCGACCCUCAUGAAUAGUAUCGAUAAAAUGAAGCAGGAGCUUCAGAUCCUCAGCAGGGAUCUCCGAACCCUCGUGGACCUCGGUGGGGACGGGUUGAGCCUUCUGAACCUUGAGAAGCAUCUCCGGGAGCAACUGCAUAGUCUGGAAGAGGUAAAAAAGACUCGUCUCUCUCAACUCGAGGAGCUCUUCUCGAAGGAGACCUCCAUCUGUUCAGUGAUGGGAUCGAAGCCAGUUGGCCUGGACAGUACAAUUCCCUCAGAAGAGGAGCUCCAGGCCUACGAGAUCUACAUUACCAAUCAGGAGGCUGAGAUGCUCCGGUUGAAGGCAGUGUUCAAGGAGGUACGUUUGGAGAUAAUAAAGAGCAUGGAGGAGAUGGGAUCUUCUCCCAAGCUGGAUAUUGAGCGACAAAUUGUCAACGAGCAUCACAAGUUCGUAUUCAAUCCCUCGAACAUGCAGAAGCUCGAGGAAUUGAGACAGGAAGUGCUGGAGAAACUGGCACUUGCCAGGGAGAUUGCUGAAGCCAAACGCCAAGAGCUUCUGGUCCUUCUGGAAUACCUGGAUGUGCCCCAGACCAAUUACGAGGAAUUCCUUGAAAAAAAUUCUGGCUGUGACCAAGUGACAAUCUCCCUCCUCAAUAAGGAAAUUAAAAAAUGCAAGGAGCUCAGGAUAAAGAACAUUAGCAAGUUCGUGGAGAAGAUCAGGGGGGAGAUCAGGACUCUCUGGGAUGCCUGCAAGUUCAGUGAGAAACAACGAAAUGCUUUUCAGCCGUACAAAUACCAGAAUUACACCGAGGAAGUGCUCGCACUUCACGAACUGGAGCUCAAGGAGCUUCAGAAAUUUUAUAAAAAUAACGAGAAGAUCUACGAACUCUUUAAUCAACACCAGGAAAUGCGAGAGAAGUUGGCGGAACUUGAUAUCAAGGCCGAGGACCCUAACCGAUUGAAUAAUCGAGGGGGACAGCUCUUGGAGGAUGAGAAAGCGAGAAAACUCGUGACCAAGAAUUUGCCGAAGGCUGAGGCCAGGCUCAGGGACCUUCUCAAUGAGUUCGAGGAGGAAAAUCAAACUCCCUUCACUUUUAAUGGACUCACUUUCGAUGAAUACCUGCAAAAGGAAGACGAAAAAUUCAACGAGGAGAAGGAGAAUAUCAGGCUUGCCAGGGCCAAGGCCAAGGACGAGAAGAAAUCAAUCAAAAAGACACCCCUCAGUGCUUCCAAGAGGAAUCUCGCCACUGCUAUGAGCUUGAGGGCCAUGACAUCAGUCAAGAGAAAAUUACCAAUGGAGAAGUCUCCAGCAUUGACUGGAAAUAAGAAGAGACUCGUGCAGAGCGAAAAAAUGAGACCGACUCUGGCCUGUGGGUCCAAGGUUCGAAGGAGUGGUAAGGUAUCGAGAAGGCUGCUAUCGAAUUCAUUAAACAAGGAGAGCCCCAGGAAGAGAAAGAACGCCAAGCUGUUGUCUGACAGUUCCACCGACAACUUGAAUCUCCAGUCCUACGAGGUCUUUCAGGAGCACUUAUCCAGCAGAAAUGAGCUCAGGAGUACAUUAUUGUCAGAGCAGGUGCUGAAGAAUAUGAGGAGCGAUGGGGAAAAAAUGAAGACACCUGUGAAGACUCCAAUUAAACCCAUGAGGAAACCCCCCCUCAUCACGUUAACUCCCCACGUCACCCCCAAGGCUGUACCCCGCAGACCCUCCAGGAGCCCCAGGAUUACUAGCACUCCUAGACUCACAACUGCACCUAUGAGUGGACUCUCUCACCUCAAACUGUAGAGCAGGGAUCUACUAUACAACGAAUUUACACAACGAAUUUAGUUAAGGUUACGUCAUUAAACGUCCAAUUCAUUUCGA